AUGCUCAAAGAGGUCAAAGAUUCCAUUCCUGGUCUUGUAGAAAUUUGCCUGAUGCACCCCCUCGAUGUGGUGAAAACCAGGUUCCAGAUUCAGAGAUGUUCAACUGAUCCAAACAGUUACAAAAGCUUAGGAGACAGCUUUCGAACAAUUUUCCGAACAGAAGGGUUGUUUGGUUUUUACAAGGGAAUUCUACCACCCAUAUUGGCUGAAACACCAAAAAGAGCAGUGAAGUUUUUCACCUUUGAGCAAUAUAAGAAAUUGCUAGGAUAUGUGUCACUGUCACCAGCAUUGACAUUCGCCAUUGCUGGACUAGGGUCUGGACUAACAGAAGCCAUCGUGGUUAACCCUUUCGAGGUAGUAAAAGUUGGCUUGCAAGCUAAUCGGAACACAUUUACAGAGCAGCCAUCCACUAUGAGCUACGCAAGACACAUCAUUAAGAAGGAAGGCUUGGGAUUCCAGGGCCUCAACAAAGGAUUUACAGCAACUUUGGGACGUCACGGAGUUUUCAACAUGGUUUAUUUUGGCUUCUACUAUAAUGUCAAAAACAUUAUUCCUAUCAAUAAGGAUCCAACCUUGGAGUUUUUGAGAAAAUUUGGGAUUGGUCUUCUCUCAGGCACAAUAGCCUCAGUCAUUAACAUCCCUUUUGAUGUUGCCAAAAGUAGGAUUCAAGGGCCUCAGCCAGUUCCUGGAGAGAUCAAGUACAGAACCUGUUUUAAAACAAUGGCCACAGUCUAUCAGGAAGAAGGGAUUUUAGCUUUGUACAAAGGCCUGCUUCCCAAGAUUAUGAGGCUUGGACCAGGUGGUGCGGUGAUGUUGCUGGUUUAUGAAUAUACCUAUGCAUGGCUUCAGGAGACCUGGUGAUUGCCUAUGAAGUGUUUUUACCCCUGGAGAUAAUGCAUAUUUGCUCUACAGCACCUUGAGAUGAUCAAUCAGCUAAUCUGAUACAGUUAAAAUUAUAAUUUAUGUACAAUUAUAAAAGGGGAAACAAUCUAAGAUCAGAAUCUAUUUUGAUAUUUCAAAAAUUAUCUCUACAUAAUUUGAGAGUGUAGUUAUGGCUAUAUUCAUAAAAUUGUAAGAAUAAAAAUAAUAUAAAGCAAUUAGGUAUGUAAACUGAAUAUAGAAAAAUAGUGUAGAAGUCAUAAAUAUUUCAUAAAAGCAAUAUAAGUUUUGUGACCUCUGUUUUAUUUACAUUGGUUCACAAUGAGAAUCUAUUGUAUUGAUCAUUAUUUUUCCCCAAGAGGCCAAGAAAUGCUUAAAAUAAAAAAAUAAAAAUUAAGCCAAAAUUUAAAGUUUUUUAAGAAUCAAACUCUUCCAUAAAUAAUAUUUAAAAGUCACAAAUAAAGUACUUUAAAGGUGCA